AUGAGCUCCCCGGCUUGGGAUCGUUUUGCUCGGGUGUACGACUGGGUUCUGUCGCAGCAGGCUGCGCAGUACUCCGGCGUUCAACCCAAUUACGCCUCUCCACCCCAACGCGGAUUCAUGUCUCGUCUAAAGUACGCCCGUCAACUUGCCCAUUACCGUCACAAUAACCCUGUCGGUUGGGCAGAAGAUGCCAACGAACCCGAAUAUCGACAAGAUGUCGAAGCAUCUCAAGGCGAAGACAUCGAGAUCAAGAGCGAUUACGCCAGUGACUUCGACUAUGAAAAUUACGAAAGACCGGCUCCGGCCUCAGACGAUUAUCUGUAUGCCGACGCCGACGUGAUCAAUCAUCGCCCAAAUCAGCGCUAUCAGCAACGCAAAAGACGUCAGCUGGAGCUAGAUGACGAUGACGAUGAGGAAGACGAGGCGUUCGAACAGCGUCACAAAAGGCGUCGAAUGUAUUCGGACGAGGACGAGGACGGGAAUGACGACUCUUAUCUGCCCCGAUACUACUCUAGGGAGGAGUAUGACGAGUACGACGAAGAGGGGGCGGGCAUCAACCAGAACCGAUUCAACUAUGAGGAGGAAGACGACGAAGUCGACGAAGAGGAGAUGGGCAUGAACCGAUUCGACUUUGAGGGAGAUGAAGGUUUUAGGGACUACGACGAUACUCUGAGCGAGAGGCAGUAUCGGAAUAACCUGUUCCGACAGCGACUCGAAUCUGGCGAAGAAGAUGACACGUCCCUACCCAGCAGACGUCGGAAGUACAUGUCUAACGAUGAUGACUUCGAGGGCUACGACAAGGCAUCUUUUCGCCCACGCAAGAAGGUUCACUGGGCUUCACCCGUGUACGAGGAAAAUGAAGACGAGUUCUACCAAGCCGACGACGAAGAUGAGGAAGACGAGGAUCAGACAGUCGGGCGAGCCUCAGAGUCCGAUGGCGACGAGGACCCUGCCGAAAUCAUCGACCUGAUCAGCAUUUCCAGCGAUGAGAGCGUUGGCAGCGACGACCACGACGACGGGACCAGCAUAACCAGCAACUCCAGUAUAGAAUUCCUUGGGGAGCGUCCCGCGAAUGCCUACAUCGAGAACCAGCAUGAUCUACGAAGCUUCCAAGAUAGCGAGUCGCAAGAUGCCAAGGAUGUCGUCGAAGAGCUUUUGCAGAGGCCCUGCGGCACAAACAAGAGAAAGCGUGAGAGCAGUGUGGAAGAACUCUUCGGGUUCCGCCGUAAUGUUCGACGCAGGCUGCAGUAG